AUGUCCGCACCCCCAUCACCAAAACCCUCCAUUGACUCCGAUGACCACCCCGUAUCAAGAACCAGCUUAUCCAAGACUUCAUCGGGUCCUACACAAAGUCCCGGCGGGAUCUCAUUCGGUAAACAGCCACGAGCGCGCAGUCCACGCCGGAAAUCAAUUCAGUUUAAUGUGGGUUCGGCGGAGGCGCAGUUACCGUCGAGGUCGUUGAGCUUUAAGCGCAGAUCGCUAAAUGAGAAUCCGGAGUUGGAUCGCACAAUUAGUAGAGAGCGGGAAAGAGAGCGAGAGGGUGAAUCGAGGACUUUAUCUGUUAGUCGUGGACCUUCACCGCCGCCGCCAAGGACUUAUGAACGUGGUGUCUCGUUUGAUACUUUCGAUAAUCGCGAUGCGGCGGAUUUCUCUUUGACGCUGAAUUACAAGCAUAAGGGGUACCAGAGUACACGGCGGAGCAGGACUUUCUUGUGUGGUACGGAUCAGAAUGAUUAUUCUGAGUUUGCGCUUGAGUGGAUGCUGGAGGAACUGGUCGAUGAUGGUGACGAGAUUGUCUGUCUGCGCGCCGUGGAGAAAGAUUCGCGCAUGGCGAGCGGGUCGGCUAUCGAGGAAGGGAAAUAUCGACAGGAGGCGAAGCGGCUGUUUGAUCAGGUCAUUCAGAAGAAUAGCCAAGACGAAAAGGCGAUCAGCUUGAUUCUCGAGUUGGCUGUGGGUAAAGUGGAGGAUAUCAUUCAACGGAUGAUUCGCAUAUAUGAACCUGCCAUGUUGGUUGUGGGUACUCGUGGUCGCAACCUGAAAGGUGUUCACAGUUUACUGCCCGGGUCUGUCUCCAAAUACUGUCUCCAGAAAUCGCCCAUCCCGGUUAUCGUUGUGCGCCCAUCACCCAAGCGCGAGAAGAAAAAGAAUAAGCGCCGUGCAGACCCUACGCGCAAAAGUUAUAAUCAUAUUUUGGAACUCAGCGAGAAACGUGGUACUCGGAUCUUCGACGCCAGUUCCAGCACAGAAAGCAGUAUCACCAGACUUCCCGACGAAGAUGCUGCGGUUGCAGAGGCACUCGGAAUCCCUCCAACGUUUCGUACUCACUCGCGCAGUUCUCUCUCUGACCACAGCAGUGUCAGUGACAAGGACUCGGAAAAUCCAUCUGUCCCAUAUUCCCUGGACUCGGUCUUAAUGAAGAGUCCAAUGAACGGGAGUCCCGCUAGCUCAGAGGAGAGCGUAGUCCCUACUGAAGGGACAAAACGAUCCUCUUCACCAUACCCUCGAGACGAAGCCGACCAAGACUCACCUGACGAAGCAAACCCAUCCACAGAAACCGAGGAAGACACAAGCCCAACCACAAAACCAACUUAUGAAGAAUCAGAUCCUCCAACUCCCCGCGUCUCAAUCCCUGUUAUCGAAGUCUCAGCAGACAACGAGGACGAGGAUGACGAAAAAAAAGUCCCCAAUGACGACUGA